GUCUGGUUCGGGGUUCGAGCGUGGUCCCCACCCCACCCACCCCACCCCUAACCCCGGGGCGCGAUCUCGCCGGUCUCUACCAGCUGCUGCCUCCAACUCCAUCAUCUAUGCCCAAACUUUCCGGACUUUGAGUGUCUUGGUCCCGCGCCUCUGCGCCGUCCUCAUCUUUGACCCUGUCCCUGCUUCUCUCCCCCAACCCCAUCCUCCAUCCGUUCCUCCCUACCCCUUUGCCCCAUCACUGCCUCCCCUCUGCCCCUCUCCCACGUCUCCAUCCUCCUUUCUACCUCUGUCCCGCCUCCCCACUCCCCCACUCGGUCCUCCUUCGCCCUCCUCCGCGGCCGGGCCGGAGCCAGGCCCAGGCGGCGGGAAGGCGGCCGGGCGUCCGGCCGGGCUGGGCCUCGGCCUGGCGGCUGGGCCGGCGUGGGGAGCAGCAGCUGUUUGCCAUUAGCUGGGGACCCCGCAGGCCCCGCCCCUACCCUGUACGGGGCGGGGUCCUCCUCGCCCCCGUCUUUGAGGCGGGGAGAGGAGCGGGAAGACCCCAGAGACGUCCAGGCUGGUCUGGGAGGGGGGCUUUAGGGAGACCCCGCCGGACAUUCAGACCUGCCCGGGACCCCCCGCCCCUUCCCUGAGCCUCCCACCUGUCCCCUCUUGGAGUGUCCUGUCCCUUUCUCUCCAUGUCUCUCUGUCCUAUCCCGUGUCCUCCGCUUUCUCCAGGGGUCCUAUAGAGGGAGAGGAGCCUCAGCCACAGACACCCACCACCAUUACACUUUGCCCCACCAUCUGCUUUCUCCACCUGGAGUCAGUCACCGGCCCACGUGGAAGACGGUCAGGUGGCUGGAGACCCUCAGACCUCAGUCUCUGCCUGGGAAAUGGGCAGAGGAAUGUGGCAAGGGGCUUAAGGGUGGCUUGGCUGGCAGUGGGGGAAUCUACCAGGCUUAGGAUUCAAAUCCAGACCCAGCUAAUUCCCCCUUCAGUGACCCUGGGCAAGUCACUGUGUAUUUCUGUGUCCCCAAACACCGCAUCUGUAAAACAGGGUGAUAACUACCCACCUGGUAGGGUUGUCAUGAUGAUCAAAUGAGUUGCCGGGAUGAUGAUUAUAGUUAUUACUGUUAUUCGCCUCACACCCUCCACCUCCAGGGUUCCACACCGGGGACCGUUCCUGGUCCCUGCCUCCAGUCUCUCUCAGGUCCCCAGAAACUUUUUUUAAAUUCACUUUUAUUUUAUCAGCUGUACAACGCAUCAUGCGGGAUCUUAGUUCCCCAGAGAUCGAACCCAUGCUCCCUGCAUUGGAAGUGCAGAGUCCUAGCCACUGGACCGCCAGCGAAGUCCCUGCAGAAAAUAUUUUUGAUCACCUCCCUGCUGUGCAUGGAAUGGCCCUCCAGGCAGCUGGAAAACCAAAUUUCCUACAAUUGGGUGACUGUGUGUUCCAGGCAUUGAAAGACAGAGAAGUGAGGACAGAGACGUGGAGAGACAGGGAGAGACAAGUGAAGAGAGACACAGAGAGACAGAGACUUGGAGAGACACAGAGAGACGUGGAGAGACGAAGCAAGACGCUAAGCAAGGAGGGUGUGAGACAGGAGAAGCUUGGCUGCCCCUGGAGCCCCGGCCCCGCCUUCAUGCCCAGCAGGUGGCCCACCUGGCCCAUCCUCCCAGGAAGGCUGUCUCCCCACGAGUGCCCCAGCCCUCGGUCCACCUAAGCCCCCAUCUGUCCCAGCAGCCAGCUCUUGCCUGGGCUAAGGGGAGGGGGCUCAGGAAAGGUGGGGCCUGUCAGGCUUAGGGCUCCUCCUGGGCCCGGGAGCCUUGUGGAGGCGGGGCUGUGGGAACAGCUGGAGCCUGUCCAGGGGCCGGACAGAUGUGCGGGCAGACUGUAAGCCUCAGCCCGUGCUGCAGGUGGUCUGAUUCACAGUCGCCCAAGUGACUCUUGAGGAGCGUCCGCAGGCAGGAGGAUGGCCCAAGUCCUGCACGUGCCAGCCCCCUUCCCAGGGACCCCCGGCCCAGCCUCCCCGCCCACCUUCCCCUCCAAGGAGCCCGACCUGCCCUACUCCGUGGAGACGCCCUACGGCUACCGCCUGGACCUGGACUUUCUCAAGUACGUGGAUGACAUCGAGAAGGGCCACACUCUGCGGCGGGUGGCCGUGCAGCGCCGGCCCCGCCUCGGCUCCCUGCCCCGCGGCCCUGGCUCCUGGUGGACGUCCACCGAGUCUCUGUGCUCCAACGCCAGUGGGGACAGCCGGCACUCGGCCUACUCCUACUGCGGCCGAGGCUUCUACCCGCAGUACGGCGCCCUGGAGACCCGCGCUGGCUUCAACCCACGCGUGGAGCGCACGCUGCUGGAUGCCCGUCGCCGCCUCGAGGACCAGGCGGCCGCCCCCACCGGCCUGGGCUCCCUGACCCCCAGCGUGGCUGGCUCGACAAGCUCACUGGUGGGCGUGGGACUGCCACCCCCGACGCCGCGGGGAUCGGGACUGUCCACGCCGGUGCCGCCCAGUGCUGGGCACCUGGCCCACGUGCGGGAGCAGAUGGCGGGGGCCCUGCGGAAGCUGCGGCAGCUGGAGGAGCAGGUGAAACUGAUUCCCGUGCUCCAGGUGAAGCUGUCGGUGCUGCAGGAGGAGAAGCGGCAGCUCACAGUGCAGCUCAAGAGCCAGAAAUUCCUAGGCCACCCGGCGGGAGCCCGGGGGCGCAGCGAGCUCUGCCUGGACCUCCCUGAGCCCCCCGAGGACCCGGCGGUGCUCGAGACCCGGAGCGUGGGCACCUGGGUCCGAGAGCGGGACUUAGGCAUGCCCGAUGGGGAGGCAGCCCUUGCCGCUAAGGUCGCCGUGCUGGAGACCCAGCUCAAGAAAGCGCUCCAGGAGCUGCAGGCAGCUCAGGCCCGGCAGGCCGACCUCCAGCCCCAGGCCUGGCCGCCACCAGACAGCCCAGUCCGUGUGGACACUGUCCGGGUGGUGGAGGGGCCGAGGGAGGUAGAGGUGGUGGCCAGCACAGCUGCGGGGGCCCCUGCACAGCGGGCCCAGAGUCUGGAGCCCUACGGGGCAGGGCUGCGGGCCCUGGCGACAUCCGGCGGGGCCGAGAGCCCCCCUGUGUUCCGCAGCCAGGAGGUGGUAGAGACAGUGUUCCCAACACCCCCUGCAUCCACCAGCAAUGUCCACCUGGUAAAGAAGAUCAGCAUCACAGAGCGCAGCUGCGAUGGGGCAGCAGGUCUCCCACAGGCUCCUGCAGAGUCAUCCUUGUCACCCCCGGAGUCUGAGGGGGACUCCCUCGCGCAGCCAGAGAAGAACACAGGCCUGGUGCCUGCCCACGAUGCCACCAACAGGGAGCCUACCAGGCAAGCAGCCCCACAGGAGUUGGAGUCAGAGGAGGCCGGGGGUGCAGGAGGGCCCCCGGCAGGUGUGCCAUCCAUCAUGAAGCGGAAAGAGGAGCCCGCAGACCCCGAGACCCGCCGGAGGAGCCUCCAGUUCGUGGGGGUCAACGGCAGCGUCUCCCCCAGGUAUGAGUCCUCAUCCGAGGAUUCCAGCACAGCAGAGAACUUCUCGGACAAUGACAGUACAGAGAACGAGGCCCCAGAGCCGGAGGAGAGGGUUCCGAGUGUGGUUGAAGCCCCCCAGCUCAGGCCCAAGGAGACGGAAAAGGCCAAGAUCAGCCGGGAGGACUGCCAGCUGUCCCGGGAGUCUCAGCAGGCUCCCACAGCUGAGGGGGCGUCGGGAUCAAGUGCGGAAGAGGAGAUCCGGAUGGAGCUCAGCCCUGACCUCAUCUCAGCCUGCCUGGCCCUGGAGAAGUACCUGGAGAACCCCAAUGCCCUCACCGAGCGGGAGCUGAAAGUGGCCUACACCACGGUGCUGCAGGAGUGGCUGCGCCUGGCCUGCCGCAGCGAUGCCCACCCAGAGCUUGUGCGGCGCCACCUGGUCACCUUCCGGGCCAUGUCGGCGCGGCUGCUGGACUAUGUGGUCAACAUCGCCGACAGCAACGGCAACACUGCGCUGCACUACUCCGUGUCCCACGCCAACUUCCCCGUGGUGCGACAGCUGCUCGACAGCGGUGUCUGCCAGGUAGACAAGCAGAACCGCGCCGGCUACAGUCCCAUCAUGCUCACUGCCCUGGCCACCCUGAAGACCCAGCAUGACCUCGAGACUGUCCUGCAGCUCUUCCGGCUUGGAGAUGUCAAUGCCAGAGCCAGCCAGGCGGGGCAGACAGCCCUGAUGCUGGCGGUCAGCCACGGGCGGGUGGACGUGGUCAAAGCCCUGCUUGCCUGCGAGGCGGACGUCAACGUCCAAGACGAUGACGGCUCCACGGCCCUCAUGUGUGCCUGCGAGCACGGCCACAAGGAGAUCACGGCGCUGCUGCUGGCUGUGCCCAGCUGCGACAUCUCUAUCACCGACCGCGACGGGAGCACGGCGUUGAUGGUGGCCUUGGAUGCAGGACACAGUGAAAUUGCAUCCAUGCUGUACUCUCGCAUGAACAUCAAGUGCUCGUUUGCCCCGAUGUCGGAUGAGGAGAGUCCUGCGUCGUCCUCCGCAGAAGAGUAGCCGUCAGAGGGGCCUGAGGCGCCUCUCCCGGGGGCCAGGCAGCCCCAGAGCGAACCAUCCCUGGUCCCUCAUCCCCUCCCUGGCCGGCCCCCACUCUACCCACCAAGGCCCAAGUCUCAAAUGCAAGUGGGGUUUUCUUCUGCUUCCCCAGGGAGCCCCCAACAGCCCUGAGACUUCAGCCGAAAGCAGGUUUUUUCCCAGCACCCCGGUUCAAAGCAGCCGCAGCGCAGACCGAAGCUAAAUUCUUAUAUAAAUUGGCGCCAGUGGCUGAUGCUGGGGCGUGGGUUUGCGAAGAACGCUGAGAACAAUCAACUGGCAAUUAAGGAUGGAGGAGGGUGAGAGGGAAAAAUAUUGUAUUUCGGAAUCAUGUUCGGGGAAGGGGGGGGAAAUUUGAAAGUCACUGGAAUCGCAUAUUUUCAUUUUAAUCCUCAAUGUGAUUACGCACGGAUCACGUCUGGAGUGGCCUAAUGCGCCCCCCGCUCGCUCCCCUACAUUUAAUUGUUCGGUAUAUAAUAGCAUUUUGUCCACUUCCCCCUCCCCAGACGGCUUUCUUGGUGGAAUUUUCUUCUGGUCUCUUCACAAAGCAGACCCUGUCUUUGUCACCCGGGGCAGGAAGUUUAGUCGUUUCUUCUGCCUUCACGUGGCCACUGCCAGCGUCUCCCACGCCCUCAUUCAGGUGGGGGGCUCGGGACCCAGCAGCCAAGGUGUGCAAGUAGUUCAUAUCGAGAGAUUACCCAGAAAUCCGUCCCCUCCCCACAUGGGGGCCCUGGCAAAUACUCAUUUUCCUAGAAAAUCCUUUAGAUGUGGAGGUGCAGGAAAUGAAUCCGGUCCCCAGAGUGGUCCUUGCAUCCCUAGGCUUAGAACGCCAGUAGCAGGGCCAUCCUUUUUCUCCCCAGACUCCAGAAUUUCUCUCCUCAAAGGAAAGAAAACAGGGCAUGAGAUUGUUGGCAAAGCAUAGGACCAGUUCCAAAAACUCCAUGUGUGCUCGAUUAAAAGUUGGCUGCCCCCAAGGGCUCCCAGUGCAAACUUAAAGAGACAGGGCUUUGCCGAAAACCAAACAAGGGCCAGCUGGGUUGUUUUUUUUUUUUUUUUAACAAUGUACAGGCUUUCCAGAGCUGCCUGGAACGGAGCCUGCUGGAAACGGGGCUCUCCCGACACACGUAGUUUCCUGCAUGGCCUAUUUUGUCCCCAGAAUCUCAACAAAGUUUUCUUUCCUGUUCCUUCCUUUUGUGACCAAAAAAAAAAAAAAAAAAAGGGAGGGGGGAAAGGGGACAGGUUCCGAGCGUCGAAAAGUGCCUUGUGACCAGGGAGUAAGAUCCCUAGUUCUUAGGUGUCCUGUCCUCUCUUGUCCAGUUCUCAGCCUAGCUGCUGGGGUGGAAGCCAAAACCCCAGCAGGACAGAGCAAGCCCUCGGCACUUACACGUUCAUUCAGUACAGCCAAGUGCUGGCUUCUCUCCUAGAAAAGUAGGUUUCCUGGCUUGAUGGAGUCUGGCUUGCUUUGAUUUUGAUGGAAGGGAUGGUACCCAAGUCAAGAGAGCUUAAAUGGUCAAAGGAGAGAGACACCCCAGUGUGUGUGUGUGUGUGCGCGCGCGCGUGCGUGCGUGCGUGCGUGUGUGUGUGUGUAAAUGGCGAGGAAAGGAAACCCAAGCUGACUGGGGAUGACCACUGACAGAAGGCCACAGCUUUGGGCAGCUUUGAGAAGCGGUACAAGCGUUGUGUGCCUGUGUGUCUGGCCCUGGAGCCGGUGGGUGUGUUUCUUUUAAGCUUUUAGAAGCAGUUCAUUGACACCCCCUAUAAGUCCAUAGUUAUCCCUGUGUUCCCUUCUCCCCAGCUUACCCACUGGACUUGGCAUGGUAGGCUACAGGGGGUCCUGCCUCUGAUCCCACUCUCUUCUCACGUGUAUUCAUGACCUUUAACUUCACUUUCCAACCACGGUACGUCCAUAAAGACAGUAUUACACUUAAAUGAAGUAUUCCUUUUUGUAAUCGUUUUUUAGAAAGUAAAGGAAUUUAAUAAAGCUACCUUAUGAUUAUGCCAAA